AUGGAUAAAGCAACUCGAAUAAUACCAGAACGAGGUUCAUUAUUUACAAGUAAAUAUGCAAAAUGUACUGGACAUGGAUUACCUAUUUUUACAACUGAACGUGCAUUAGAACGGAUACAUCAGGUUAGAUUAUUCAAUUAUUUUAAUUUAAUCAGAUUGUAAUGAUUAAAUAAUCAUUUGCAUUUUUAUACAGACUUAUUUUCUAAUUUAUAUUUAAAGAUUUCACUUGGAAAAUCAUAAGCAAAAUUUUGAGAGAAUUAAUGGGACAAAUACACUUAUCGACCCCCCCCCCUCCCCUUCAUAUCUUGACGUAAUUUGACAAAUUAGCCCCUGGGAAGUUCAUUAAAAGUAUUCCCAAGGAUCCUAGGCCACUAGUUUAAGAGAUAACGUGUAUUUGUCCCGCUUGGUACAAGCCUCACAGAGCAUAUCAAUAGCUGAGGGUGAAGGCAAAAUCUUGAUACAGCCGUCAAAGGGCACCUCAAUUGCUGAGGGUGCCACGAAAUCUUGAUCCACAAUUAAGGGUAUGGGUGUGGGCGUGUUGGUGCGAUGCUUCCCUAACACGCACCCACACCCACAUCCACACACAUCCCAAUAGCUGAAGGUGCUAUGAGACAAUAUUUCGUGGCACCCUCAGCUAUUGAGAUGCCCUUUGAUGGUUGUAUCAAGAUUUUGCCUUCACCCUCAGCUAUUGAUAUGUUCUGUAAGGCUUGUAUCAAGCGGGACAAGUACACGUUAUCUCUUAAGCUAUUGUUCUAGGAUCCUUGGAAAUACUUUUGGUGAACUUUCUAGGGGCUAAUUAGUCGGAUUAUGUCAAUACAAGAGGAUGGGGGGGGGGGGGGGUCGAUAAGUGUGUUUGUCCCAAUAUUGUCAUGCACUACCUUCUAAAUGAUCUUGAUCAAAUUUCCGUAUUUAGAAAACAAGUUGAAAUGAUGAAUUUCGCUCAAUAUUUCCCAAAUGAUAAUAUACAUAAAUCGAAUUUUCUCUCACGUUUUCGUAUUAUGCCACAUGAGUUCAACUGUCGAAGCAACCAAUCGAUCAUGGUUUCUAUGUGUUAAUAAUGAGGUUGAGCGUAUUCUAUCGAACAAAAGAAUUCGAACAGAUAGUUGAUGAUGCUUUCUUGGAUUUGUACGUUAUCUGACGAAUUUUUGCUUUGAAAGCUUUAAGUCAAAUUGUAUAACAUUGUCUUUCAGUUAACAAUCGAAUGUUUUAGAGGAAGUAGUCACUCAAUUUUUAGACCGAUCUCAUAUUUUAUCUUGAAUAGCAUUGAUCAUCGAACCAGAUGGACGAAUGUCAUAUGAAGUAAUUAUUUGAGGUAAACUGGAAGCAAUAUUUUGUUCUAUGAUCAUACAAAACUGCAUAACUAUAUUCAUGAGUAAUCACAAUGUUACUCCAUUCCAAUAUUGAUAUAAUGACAGAACGAGCACUACAAGUGUACAAAUUUGUUUAUUUCUCAUUUAAAGAUUUUGUAGCAUUAUACAUCGUAAGAUGUUAUUCAUUUUGACGAAGUAGUCGAUCGUUUUCUAGCAUUUACUAUCAAUCCUCGCUUUCGAAAACUAUUGCUAUGGUGUUCGACUGAUUUAGUUGAAAAUUCAUCGUUCGAUUAUUAAUUAUAAUAUGUUUUGUAAAAUGCUUGUUGUUCGAUCACUAGAUGAUGCAAUUCCAUGAUUUACUCUUCUUUUCUUCAUUGCUUUAUGUUUUCAGAAAGAAAUAUUUACUAAUGUAUCUUUAAAAUAAUUUUUACCCAAGACUUUAAUGAAAUCAGUGUAUAAGAAGAUUAUUGUUAUUUGUUUAUUCUAUCAAAUAUGCACAAUAUGUACAAAAAAGGAAAAAAACGAUUGGUCAUAUAGAUUUAAAAGCUAUAUGAUCCUCAUCAUCGGUUACUUGGUGUUGCUUCAGACUGUUAAAAUAUGGCUUCAUCAAAUAACAUACUUGGAACUCUUAGGACGUACCAUAAAUGACGACGCAUAUUGGCGUUCAGGAUUUUUACGGCGUAGCGCAUACAUGACAUUUGCAUAGUGAAGUUCAGGACUAUCUUCCCGAUUGACUAGGUAAAGAAGCUUAUCAUUUUCAAUGAGAGAGUUCGUUGAUUCGUAGUGAAGCUUAUUUCGAACUCUAGAUUGUGGUAUAGAUAUGGCAUUGGGUGGGGUGUGGGUGGGUGUGGGUGUGGGUGUGAGUGGGUGUGGGUGUGGGUGGGUGUGGGUGUGGGUGGGUGUGGGUCAGGGCUCCGGAUGGGAUGGGAUGGGACGAAAAAAUCGUCCCAUGGUACGAGUUGAUUCGUCCCAUCCCACCCCGUGGGAUAUCUAAAUUCUUUUUUCCAUCCCAUCCCAUCCCAUGGGAACCCAUGGGACAGACAUCUACUGAAAAAAUAUUAAAAUUUAUUGAACCAAUCACCAUGGUAGUUAUAUUGAGUCCUUUGAUAUUCUUCCUAACUAUUUCUAUAUCGCCACUUUAUUUCACAUUCAAUUUCUCUACUAUUUAUAUUAAUUCACAUGAUUCUUUUCGAAAAAGAUACUGCGCAAUUGAUCAACGCUAAUGAAUAAGGUAAUCAACUCAUCGAAAUUUGUUAAGAUAGAUUUCAAUUCGUCAGGCUCUGCUCGAGUCCAGAAUUGACGUUUCUUUUUUGGAACAUUGCAGCACAAUGUUUCGAAUCAUUAACCAGUACUAACGAUCCUUCUCUCGGGCAUUGGAAACUUGAUGUCUCAUAUUCUGAUGAUUUUCGUUAGAUUUCUGAGAUUUUUUAAGGCGGUUAAAGAUUAUUACAUAUUGUUGCACUAUUCAAGGGAUUUCUUCAAAUGUUCACGGAUUUCAAUAAAAUAUAAAAUAGUUUUAAUCCAACAGAUUUGAUUUAGAUUUGCUAUCCACUAAUUAGUUUUUUCUUAACCAUGAGCUUCCAAGAGUUGUAUCGAAAAUUGAUUUGAAGUAUAAGUUAAUUAAAACAUG